AUGCAUGCCAGCGAUCCAAAGUUCACAAACACAGGUCUGGGUACAUUUGCUACACCAGACGCACGAUUUUCUCAUCUGCAUGUGGAUUUAAUCGGACCCUUGCCUCCUUCAGAGGGCAAAAUGUACUGCCUCACCAUCAUCGACAGGUUCACCAGAUGGCCUGAAGUGAUACCCAUCGCUGAUAUGACAGCAGCAACAGCAUGCAGAGCCUUGUUCGAAAGGAUGGAUAUCCCGCUUUGGAUGCCCAUUCUACCAUCACCACAGAUCAGGGUCGCCAGUUUGAGUCACCUUCUGUUCACCCAUGAAAACCCAAGAUGGACUGAAUCAUUACCAACAGUUCUCCUUGGCAUUCGAGCUGCUGUUAAAACAGACAUACAAGCAUCAAGUGCUGAUCUUGUGUAUGGAACUUCACUAAGACUUCCAGCAGAUUUAUUUUCCCAAAGUGCCCAAAAUACAACUCCAUCUUAUGAGUAUGUGCAGAAACUCCAGGCACAAAUGCAGCAGUUAAAGCCAUUUCCCAACCAAAAUCACCAAACAAGAAUCUUUGUGCACCCAGAAUUGCAAAAGUGUACACAUGUUUUCCUUCGUGUGGACAAAAUAACACCACCGCUCACUCAACCAUAUACAGGUCCCCACAAAGUCAUAAGUCGAAGUGACAAAGUAUUAAAAAUAUCCAUAAAUGGCAGGCAAAGCAGUGUUUCCAUAGAUAGAGUGAAACCUGCAUUCAUAUAUAAUGAUGAAAUACAACAAAUUCCUCACGAGCAUGAACCUAAAGUCCCAGGAAAUACUACUGGAAACUCUGUCAACCAAUUCCAAAACCACAAAAUCUGGAUGAAUUGUGAAAUUUAG